ACCAUGGCCUCCUUCGUGACCGAAGUGUUGGCCCACUCGGGGCGGCUGGAGAAGGAGGACUUGGGCACCCGGAUCGGACGCCUGGCCCGGAGGGUCGAGGAGGUCAAGGGCGAGGUCUGCAAUAUGAUCAACAAGAAGUACAAUGAGUUUCUACCUAGCAUGCAGAGCGCCCAGGAGCUGGUGACCCAGGUGGACGAGUUGUGUGGUGACAUCGACCUGCUGAAGUCCAGGGUGGAGAAUGAGGUCCGACGGGAUCUCCAGGUGGCCAUUUCUGAAUUUACAGAAUUGAAGCAGCAGUUGGAAAGAGAUACAAUUGUCCUGGGCGUGAUUAAGCAGCUCCAAGAGUUCGACACGGCCAUUGAAGAAUACAAUUGCUCUCUACUGGAGAAAAAGUACAUUGCAGCGGCUCAGCAUCUAGAAAAGGCCCAGAGCUGCCUGAAGUCGUUAAAAUCCAGAAAAGGCUUUGAGUUAAAAAUUCUCAAAGCCCUCAGCAUGGAGCUCACAAUCCAGAAGCAGAACAUUCUUUAUCACCUUGGAGAGGAGUGGCAGAAAUUGGCCAUCUGGAAGCUUCCACCCUCCAAAGAGGUCAACAGCCUGGAGUCUGUGUUGCAGACUGAAUUCCAUCUGUGCACUGAACCCCCGAAGAAGGAGGAAGAGACCCCGGCCCCACCCAUCGGUUCUGUCCUCUUAGCACUGGCUAUUCUCGGGGAGCUGCACACAAAGCUGAGAUCUUUCAGCCAACUGCUGCUGAAUUGUGUCCUGAAACCUCUGGUAUUUUACCCAUCCCUUCAUGCAGUGGUGGACAUCCAGCCCGACACUGUCAUCUUGCGUUUCGAAUCCGUGGCUUCCGACUUGGAACGUCCAUCCCCCCCGGAGGUUUUUAGCAAGAUCCAAUUGGUGCUCGAGGUUCUUUGUGAACACUUGCUGAACCUUCCUCGUGGGGACAGCUCGGAAGACGAAAAAACCUCGAAGAUGGUGUUGGCUGAGAUCCUGGGUGACAUGAUCUGGGAAGACAUGUCUGAGUGCCUCAUUAGAGAUUGUUUGGUUUAUUCCAUUCCAACCAACAGCAGCAAAUUAGAACAGUAUGAAAAGGUGAUAAAGUCCACUGAAGAAUUCGAAAAUGCUCUAAAGAACAUGAGGUUUUUGAAAGGCGAUGCUACCGAUUUGCUGAAAUACGCCCGGAAUGUCAAUUCUCAUUUUGCAAAUAAAAAAUGCCAGGAUGUGAUUGUGGCAGCCAGAAAUUUGAUGACCUCAGAAAUUCACAACACUGUGAAGAUCUCUCCGGACUCCCAGGUAAGGCUGCCUGAUUUACCGGGGCUCGAGAAGGACAACAAACGCAAACUGCAGAAAGAGGCCAAAGCCAGCCACAAAGACGGGAUGAAUUUGGAGCCAGAAAGCAAACUCAGCGAGCAUUCGUUCUCUUUGCCCGAGUGCCGCAUCAGCGAGUCUGUGGAGAAGUUGAUGGCACUUGCCUAUCAGACCCUCCUGGAGGCCACGACCAGCACUGAGCAGUGUGCCGUUCAACUCUUCUACUCAGUGAGAAAUAUCUUCCACCUGUUCCAUGAUGUCGUUCCAACUUAUCACAAGGAGAACCUUCAGAAAUUGCCCCAGCUGGCUGCCAUCCACCACAACAACUGUAUGUACAUCGCUCACCACCUGCUGACUCUCGGGCACCAGUUCAGAGGGCACCUUACCUCGGUCCUCCGCGAUGGUGCCAUGACGUUCGUGGACCUCGUGCCUGGAUUCAGGCGACUGGGGACAGAAUGUUUUUUGGCUCAGAUGCGGGCGCAGAAGGGAGAACUCUUGGAAAGACUUUCAAGUGCCCGGAAUUUUUCCAACAUGGAUGACGAAGAAAAUUAUUCGGCGGCCAGCAAGGCCAUACGGCAGGUGCUGCACCAGCUGAAGAGGCUUGGGAUGGUGUGGCAAGAUGUACUUCCGGUGACCAUCUACUGCAAGGCCAUGGGAACUCUACUCAACACAGCACUUGCUGAGAUCAUCGGGCGAAUCACCGCCCUGGAGGACAUCUCCACUGAAGAUGGUGACAGAUUGCACUCAUUGUGCCGGACGUUGGUGGAAGAAGGGCCCCAGGUGUUUGCGCCGGUUCCGGAUGAAAAUGAAAAUCGGAAAUAUCAGGAGGAGGUCCCCGUCUACGUGCCCAAGUGGAUGGCCUUCAGAGAACUGAUGGUGAUGCUCCAGGCCAGCCUGCAAGAAAUCGGAGAUCGGUGGGCAGAUGGGAAAGGACCCCUGGCAGACACAUUCUCCGCCAGCGAAGUGAAGGCUUUAAUCCGGGCUCUGUUCCAGAACACGGAGAGACGAGCCGCUGCCCUCGCCAAGAUCAAAUAGCCUCCCGCUCUCCCCACAGGAACAGUGGAAGCAUCAUAAGGAAGUUACAGCCCAGUCUUCCUAGUCGGUUUCUAGGGAAACCCCCUCUGGUUUGAAUGUAAUUGUGCUAAAGUGGCUGGUCGGCUCCGAACGCAAUCUUGUCGGGAGGUCUGCGGUUGAACGGUGAGGCCAGAGGUACAGGGGAGAGGAACUAUUUCUGGAUUUAGGUUGAGGAGCUGACUGUGGGCCACAGAGGGGAACUUCCGAGAGCCGUGGGUGAGACUGACACUGCACGAUGAAUAUAUUUUUUUCUUUUCAAAUUGUGUGUCGGGAUGGUAUUUUUGCCUUGCGGGUAGUAAACUAUCUUCCUGUACAGUACCUUUCCAAUAAAGAUCAUUUGGCAGAA